GCAGUAUCACUAGAUUUCUGCACCACUCAUCAAAACUCUGCGGCAUGCAGACAAGAGCUGGGGGGGAGGGCAGAUACUAGGUCUGUGCUGGAGUGUAGGACUGCUACCUCUUACUCUUACUAUCCGUCUCUCUGUUAUCAGAUUGACUCCAGUAGUGUUUCUACUUUCAUUACCAUUCAUUUGUCCAUCUGAGCGCUUAAGUAGACCUUUAAUUAUCUGUCUUCUUGCCAUACAGUAGCUCUCUUUCUGCUCUCUGGCUAAUUGUUUCAGCCCGGCGCUAAUUGCAUUAGGGCGCGUUUGUUAGAGCUUUGGGGUCCAAACUUUUAUGACAAAAUGGCAAAGGAUGGAGAAAAAACCGGGUGGAAGGAAUAUAUAUGGAACCCGAGGACGAGGGAGUUCCUGGGCAGGACGGCGAGCAGCUGGGGUCUUAUUCUUCUCUUCUAUUUAGUUUUCUACAUCUUCCUGGCCGGCUUGUUUACACUCACUAUGUAUGUCAUGCUGCAGACCUUGGACGACCACAAACCAACCUGGCAAGACAGGCUCUCCACACCAGGCAUGGUGAUUAGACCCAAAACAGAUGACUCCUAUGAGAUUGUCUAUAACAUCGAGAACACUGAGAGCUGGGACAUGUACGCUCAAGCCCUGGACAAGUUCCUGGCACCCUACAACAACUCCGUCCAGGCCGAGAAAAAUAACGAUUGCGUCCCAGACCAGUACUUCCUGCAGGAGGACAGCGGCGAUGUCAAGAACAACCCCAAGCGCUCCUGUCAGUUCAACCGUACCAUGCUGGAGCUAUGCUCUGGAAUCAAUGAUCGUUACUAUGGAUACCAGGAUGGCAAGCCAUGCAUCAUCAUCAAGCUGAAUCGGGUGAUUGGGAUGCUGCCAAGUAAGGAUGGACAUGCUCCGUUUGUCACCUGUGGUGCAAAGAAAUACAAAGUUGGCAAAGAUCAGUGGAAAGAAGACUCUGACAAAAUUGGAGAGUUGCUGUAUUUCCCUCCAAAUGGCACUUUCAACCUUAUGUACUACCCUUACUAUGGAAAGAAAGCUCAGGUGAACUACUCUCAGCCUUUGGUCGCCGUCAAGUUCCUUAAUAUUACUGCCAAUCAAGAUGUCAACAUCGAGUGCAGGAUCAACGCCAACAACAUUCCCAUUGGAAGUGACAGAGACAAGUUUUCCGGAAGAGUGUCUUUCAAGCUGAGGAUCAACACUAUCAACUAGGUUGACCCUUUUCCUCUGCUGAAAACUACUUUCUUCAUUCUCUGCAUCAUUGCACAUACACAGAAACAAAUCUCAGUAUUUCACACCCUUUGUAGGAUUUGUUUACAACCCCCAAAUUUUGGGGGAAAUUGUUUGUCCAGUCGUGUGAUGAUAUGGGGCAAGAAUAAAAGGGUGGUAAUCCUGUCAUUAUUUCUGUCUGUGAGCUUUGGGACAAAUUCUUUUCUGUAAAUUAGUUUGAGGUGACGUCUAUUUAUACUGCAUGACAAACUAGGGGAUAUAAAGAAUGUGAACAUGUGUUUUCAAAGUUUGCAAGGAUCAGCAACAUUAACACUUUAUUGCUGCUCCCCUCCUGCUGCCUACUUAUAGAGUAUCCCUCUAUAUAUGAAUAUACACAAAUUACAAUACAAAAUGUGUAUAUCUACAGUAUUUACACAGUAUCAUAACCUUAUAUCAGUACGUCUAUUUUGUUGCACUUAAAAGAAUAAUCCAACAGACUUGCUUAUAUCUUGAUGGAUGGAUGCAGAGAUGAAGCCAUUUUGCAUGUGUGUAUUGUCUUUAGUGUGCUAUGAGGGCAGGAGGCCCCUGUGUCCCACUCCACCUCUCUGCUAAGUGUGAAAUAAGGUUAUGUUAAACCACUAACCACCAGGAGGGGCCACACUAUAAUCUACUAAACCUUACACACAGCAAGUGUGUGUUUCGAUAACAACAUACUGUAAGAUAGGCAUCUCCAAAAAAUAGAAGUGUGUGUGCGUGUGUGUGUGUGUGUGUGUGUUCCAUUCACAGGUCCUAUUUCAUUCAGUAGGUCGGGAAGUUGCAUGCAAUGUGCAAUAUUCAUUAAGUGGCAUACAUUAUGAAUGCCUGAGUCCAUUCUUCGGAUGAGAAGACUUCUAUUAAAUGAUAAUUAUUUUGGAUCAUUUGAUAUUCAUUUGAUAACAAGGUUGUUUGACCUGAGAGCAGCUUAUGAAACAGAUCUGCUUCAUAUUUAGACUGCAAAGAGUGUUCAUAUCAACAACACUGGUGUCAAAUGAAUUAUGAAAUGAGACAUCAGUCCUAUGCUUCAGAGGUCUUACAUUACAACAUCACCUUAGUUUGACAAAAACCAAAACUCCCAGCCAGCUAGUGGAUAAACAGAACUUUAGUUCCCAGGUUCCCAAUCAACCAUCUGAAUUUCAAAUGAAAAACAGCAAAAAUGAUCCUCCUGCUGUACGAUGACAUUACACUCCCCCUGUCACUGUGUGUAUUAUUUUUAAAGCUUAAACCAAGAGCCAUUUUCUUGUGUCUCAAUUUUUAAUUAAUUUAAACAUGAAUAUUUGGAGGUUUUUUUUGCGUGUAUUGCAUCUAUUUCAUAUGUAUCAGAAAUAGAUGCCAUUAUCAUAUUUUGUAUUGAUUUACACUGGAAGUGUGCUUUGAAUUCAUUAAUGUACAGUUUUGGAGGAUGCAGAACAUUUGUGUUUUUUUCCCUUUCUUUUAUUCAUAUCCAUUAUCAUCCUCUUAAAUAUUCAUCCAGGAUAUAAAAAUGUAUAGUUUACAUAUUCUUUGAAUGGUGACUAGAGUCUUGAAUAAUGUGAGUUGGUAGUUUGUUUUUUUUUGUCCUGUAGGAAAUUAACAAAACUGGAGAUUUGCUUCCUUACCCCCCAUAGAAAAGAAUAUUUUUCUCAUUUAAAUUUGUUGUUUUCAUAUAGAAUUCUUCACUGUUGUAUGAAUAAGUCUGAAGGCAAAGACAUCAUGAUAACUAGACAACCAGUUUGAACAACCAACCUGUUGAAAAAGCAUAGAGUAGGCCUGAGUUUGGUGCUGUUUACUUAAUGUGCAUUCAUUGUGCAGUAAAGACACACACAAUUGUAAGAACGCCUGUAAAUGAUGGCUGGAGAUAUCUGUAGAGUCACACUUUUAAACUCAGGCACACUGCUUUGGCAUGGUUGCAGAAUUGCACCAAUGCGAACGUGAUCCUGUCGUGUCAUCAUGGCAGCAAAUGUGGAACACAAGCAUCUGUUCGCUCACAUUAAGGUCUGGCUCGACUCCACCACUUAAUUUCUCUCAGAGCAAUGUGUUUCUCUCGCAAAUAUCUCACAGUGGGCUCAAUAGGACCUCAUUAUCUGAUCCAUGCUUGACAAAGAAAGGCAAUUAGAUCUAAUGUGAUUACCUGGUCUAUUUCUGAAGGGUUAUUCAUAAUGAAGGAUGUGAUCCAACAGUCAUCUCUUUUUUUUGUUGCUUUUCGUGUGACCAUCUACUGAGCAGUUCAAAUGUAUUUCUCCUCUGGCAUUCCUGCAACACUUAUUUAAUUUCUCUGUAAUCUCUUAAUCUGGUCAACUAAUCCACAGCAGGCACGCUCAACUUCUUUACCCUACUUUGUCGCUCCUCCUCCUCCUUGUGUCAAACGCCUGAAUCACUGUCUUCAAAAGAAAUAAAGCAAGGGUAUUUUUUUCCCCAAUGCAUUCAAUCCUAUUUUACCCCAAUCAUUCUUUAAAUUGACCAAACCUUUUUAAAUCACAAUACGGCAAAUAAAAUGUCUUUGCUUCAUCACCUAA